AUGUGGGGCAGAAUCGUCAGCAGCGUCAGCAAUGCGCUUGACUUUAAUCAGGCGACGCUUAGCGGUUGCAUUGACAUCAUAUGCGUACGCAAUCCGCACACCGGAGAGCUCCACUCAACCCCGUUCCAUGUGCGGUUUGGGAAAGCCAAGCUGCUGCGUUCGAGGGAAAAAAUCGUUUCCGUGACCGUUAACAACAAGCCGACCGCCCUUGUUAUGAAACUAGGAGCUGCGGGGGAAGCAUAUUUCAUGCAAGAAGUCGAGGACAGCAUUGGAGUUGCCGAAGAAGACCUUGCCAGCCCGCUUUCCUCUCCUGUGCAUUCCCCUCGGCGUGAAUGCGGCCUCUCAACAGAUGCGUCUAUGCCUCCAGCACCACAGGACUCGAACGUGCUGCCGCCUUCCCACCCAGUUCAGGGGGUAACGCUCUCGACGGCGGCUUCUGCAGUCUUGCAAGAUACCCGCAGGCCGGUGGACCCCCAAACAGGGUCAGACUUGACACGAGGCACUAGUGGGUUGUCUCCUUCGUUGGGUACUGAUGGCAGCCUUCCAAAGGGUGCCCCUUCAGCCUCUGUAACAACUCAAGACGCCUCUUCCACGUGGAGGUCUGCAUGGGGAACUGCAGCCAGAUAUGAGAGCAACGCCGGUUUGAUGGAAGGGAGCCCAUCCGGCUCGUUGCCAGAAGCUGAACGGACUUUGGGACGACAGGCAGAGGAAGGUCGUGCUGCUGUUCAGUUCUCUCUUUGCGGCCAUGUCUUGUUCGGCACGGCAGACGAAGCCCAACACGACGCCGAUGUGUUUGAAGCAAACCUUGUUACCUGGGAAGCCCUUGAUGAGAACCCGUCUCUGUGGUACCACCCCUCCCUGGUGGCGUGUUUCGAAAGAACGCCUCCAUACUACCCGGCAAAGGUGGCGCUGCCGCUUCUGGCUAGCUGGUUGUUGUUCAAUCGCCCGCUAUCGCUAGACAGCGUCAAAAGGCUCAUGACAGCAGAUAUCACCUACACAGAUAGAGAGGGGGCUAGCUGGGCUCCGUGGCAAACAGACGGUGUAGGCAGCAGCUCAGGAGUGUUGAGGCCCAGACCUGAACCGCUAAGCUCCGCUGAAUUCUCCCAAGGUAGUCCCAAAAGAGAUCAGCUCCAUGGUGCAUCGUUCAGCAGCGGAGUCAACAGUGACAGCGAAUCCCCUGCGUUUGCUCCAAGCAUGGAGCCCUCUACAGGAAAGAGGCUUAGGAGGUCUCUAAGGCCAACUCCACAACAGUUGGAAUCUCUCGAUCUUAAGCCUGGGGCCAACAGCGUGUGCUUCACUGUCAGCUCUUCUCUCCAGGGGGAAAAGAGCGUCUGCGGAACAAUCUAUCUUUGGCCUACAGACAUCAAAAUCGUAGUAUCGGAUGUAGAUGGCACUAUCACAAGAUCGGAUGUUCUUGGACAGCUGAUGCCUAUCGUGGGGAGAGACUGGUCUCACACAGGCGUAGCAGAACUUUUUACAAAGAUCAAAAGAAGCGGAUAUCUUAUCCUUUAUCUCACGGCUCGGGCUAUCGGUCAGGCCGACGCCACUCGUGACUACCUUUUCGGGCUGACACAGAAGGAAAGAGACAAACUCCCAGAUGGACCUCUGAUACUCAGUCCUGACAGGCUCUUUCCCUCUUUCCGCCGUGAAGUGAUAGACAGGAAACCGUACAUUUUUAAAAUUGCGGCUCUAAGGGACAUUCGUAGCCUCUUCCCAGCGAACAGAAACCCCUUCUACGCUGGGUUUGGUAACAGAGAAUCGGAUCACCGGGCGUACAUCCAUGUUGGCAUUCCGGAGGCGAAAAUCUUCAUCAUCGACACAGCUGGUGUUAUUCACCACAUCAGCAACUCUACUUACGCGCGAACGUACGAGACGAUGAGCGAGAUUGCUGACCAUAUGUUCCCGCCUUUAAAAAAUUCGCCAGUGUCCCGAGGACAGCCAGGACAGGAGCUUGAGGAAAGAGAAGAAGAAGAGGUUAGGCAGCGCAAAAGGCUGCAGUACAUACUACACGUAGACAAGCAGGAUGACAACUGGGCCUCCCCUACUGCCGUCUGCUGUAGCGGCUGUAAUGACGAGCCCCACCAAAUUACUCUUUAA